CCUCUGCACUCUCAACUAUGUUAGUUGUAUCGCCAGCUGAACAGUGGCUCUUUGUUUGUAAAUUUAUAAAUGGCUGUGUGUCUUGGUAAAAGCUUAGAACAAUGCUGCUUUACUAGAGACUGAUUUUCAUAUAGGGGGGUGAUUGUGAUUGGUGGCAAUGGAAGGGCAGUUUAUUCUUCACUGUUGGGGCUUGGUACAGAGAGUUGCAAUAGUUCUUGGUUGCAAUAGGCUUGUGAAAUGUAUGUCAGAGGAAAGGCUUCUACAAGAAUACACACAGCAUAGUUAUACCCACAGGUCACCCACUUCCUGUUCUUCUGUAUUUCUCGCUCCUAUGUAGCAGAAGCCUGGUGCCAAGACGACUGUGAGGCAAGUGGUCUGUGUAGAAGAAAACUGUCAAGCUACCUGGGUUCAUUUAACAACCACAAUUCCAAUUCCAAGGAUUAUAAACAGUUGAUGAACAAGGAACUAUGUGGUGUUUGAAGCUGCUCUUGACACUGCUGUGGAACUUUCAUGAUGUCACUUGCCAAUGGAACGUUUGGUUACCUCGAGACAUUUCAGCCAUGACAAACUCAUGUGUGGUCAUUCCCUGCACCUUCAUGUAUCCAUCUGGCAUCAAACCCUAUCGUGGCAUUCAUGGUAUCUGGUACUUUGGCCAACCUUAUCCCCAGCUUUUUCCCCCAGUGGUCUUCAAAACCCGCACAGACGUUGUGCAUGAGAGCUACAAGAAACGCACCAAGCUGCUUGGGGAUCUACACCAGAGGAACUGUACUCUUUUGAUCAACAAAAUUGGCACAGAGCACUCGGGAAGAUACUACUUCCGUGCCGACCUUGGUGGAGCAAACAUGUAUACAUACCCAGACUUUGCUGAGCUUAAAGUUCUUGAUCAGCCCAGUAUUGAUGUCCCAGAAGAAAUUGUGAGUGAUUUGAAUCUUGAGUUGACAUGUUAUGCGCCGGACAACUGUCCUGACAUGAGUCCCGAGAUCCAGUGGAUGUACACAGACUACUUGCCAGAUCCAGAGUUCUCCAAUGACUACCUGGAAGAAGGCAACACAGCAGUGCUGUCUAGUACCCUUACAUUUAUACCCAGACCCAUUCACAAUGGCCAGCUCCUGGGUUGCAGGGUAUUCUAUCCUAACACCACACUUGUCUAUGAGAGGCUCAUCUCACUGGACAUCAAGUAUGCACCACGUUCUGUGUGGGUAAAUCUGUCCUCUGAAGUGAUGGAAGGCAAGUCUGUCGUGCUUUACUGUGAGGUAGACAGUAAUCCUCAGGCCAGGAUUUCCUGGAUGUUUGGAGACAAGGAGUUAGUGUGGGACAAUGCAGCAAACAUCUCACUGCAACUGGAUGACUUGUCAGCUGAACAGGAGGGAGUCUACAUCUGUGUUGGUGACAAUGGCUAUAGCAUGAUGAAUACCUCACUCUACCUGACUGUCAAGUACCCUCCACGUGAGCCCCUUGUAAACAACUCCAUGACAGUCCUGGAAGGAACCUCACUGGAUCUUCACUGCAGUGCCCAGGGCAGCCCUACCCCAACCCUCACGUGGCUGAAAGAUGGGGAGUUGGUGGGCAUCAUCUCUGCUGAUAAACUUUCAGUGCUGGAGAUUAAAGAGAUCACACCACAAGGGGAUGGACAUUACCGUUGCUUGGCUGAAAACCAGCACGGUCGAGCCAGCAGCUCCCUUAACAUCACUGUUGAGUAUUCUCCCAUACUGCUUGAUGGGUCAAAGUGUACAGUAGUGAGAGAAGGCGUGCAAUGUGUCUGUAUGGCCAUCGGAAACCCCGAACCCACCAUUGAGUUCUACUUGCCUGACCAAAACAUUACUAUUAAUGAAACAGACAGACAAUACAGCUUCCACACUCAUACAGAUGGACAUACCUCCACAGGCAUGAUAAAGAUGCGGGAAAAUGGAGAACAGGUUGAUAAAGAUGGGCCUGCUGUCAAUGUCCACUGCAGUAUCUACAACAUGUAUGGAAGAGAGAGUGUAAUUUUGGAGCUGCAGCAGGAAAAAAAAUAUAUGAUGGCGGUUAUAGUUGGCUCCAUUGGGGGAGUGGCAGUUAUAGCCUUUAUCAUUGCAGCAGUGAGAUACGUUGGGCACAACAACAAAAAAGAAAAUGGCAGCCCUAGACAGGAAGAGGUCCCGGAGAAGCCAGCUUUGUACUACAGCGCAGUCAAGAAGGACAAACAAAAUCUCAGGAAGAAAGUGCUAGGCAGAGCUGUUGGGCUCAAAGAUUAAUUCCAUUCUAAAGGAGUCUACGGUAAGGGACAAAACAGGGAUUGUCAAUUGAAUUGAGAAGCAAGAGCUGAACUACAAUGCUUUGGGGUUUGUCUGGGCAAGGCAAAGGACAGACGACUCAGAAGGGGAAUGAUGCCUGCACCAACAUAGAAAUAAAACACAAAUAACAUUAACAUAACCUUCCCUGAUCCUUUAGUUAUGAAAGAUGCGGUGACAACAUUGUUCAAUCUUUAGCUCCAUCACCCACUUUACAAACAUCCACCCCCAAUCUGCUUCUGCAUCAGAUUCCUUUUGAGAGAACUUUUGUUCUCAUUGUCUUGAGGUUAACAUGAACAAUGAACAAAAAUAUUUCUCACAACAUAUGUACAAGAAAUGUCCAAUAUAAAUGUCACCUCCACCUUCAAUAUUUCAGUGAAGAUGUCUGCUAACUUUUGCUAGGUGCUGGAGCUUUUUUGCAACAUUCAACUACUCAAUGGGUUAUACAGGCUUUGCUUAAAUCAACAGAAAAAAACAGACAAAAUGACAUAUUGUGUGUGUGUGAAUGUCGGUGCGAAGGCACGCACACACGUGUGAAACCAGGCAUUCAAGCACAAACCAACCAAGCAAACGUUAUUUUAGCAUUUAGCAAGUGUUUAGACAUGAGCAGUUAAAUUUCAUUUAGUAUGUGAGGAUAUACAAGCACCCAAGAGAAAUUGUAAAAUAGAUAUUCAUUAUUUAUAGAUCUCUAAAGUUCCCUUGGCUAUGUCUAGUGGCAAUGUGUCUCCUUUCAUCUUCUAUUUGUCAUGUUAUAGACUAGAAUGAUAUGUACAUUAGCAUUGAGUUAUACAUUUAAGAUACUCCAAAAAUCUCUCAUUUUUUUUUAUUUAGUUUUAUUUUUGAUAUACUUUCUUUAUUUUCCCUCUUUAGGAUUCCUGGAUGCAUUACAUUCGCAACUUAUAUAAUAUAAAUAUGCAACUUAUAUAUAUAUAAAUAUAACUAAUAUUAAUAUGAGAUUUAAGUUUAGCUUAAGCUAGAUUUUAUUUACCUUGUUAAAAAAAGCAGAACUUCUGAUUUCAAGUUUGUAUGGGCUUGAAUGGCUAACUUACAUAGUGUCAUGCUCUGUUUUCUGUACCAAAAUGGCCUGAACAGUCUUUAACAUGAAAGAGAACAAGGUGUUUAUUACAAGAUUUAAUGAUGGUUAACAUGUUAUGUGAUGUCAGUCAAAGUAUGAUAAAGAUGUGUGACCUGUAAUUACAUACAUACAUUAAUAUAUAUUUUAUGUUCUUCAGCUUUAUACUGUAAAAAGCCAGCAUAAACAUAAGUUGUUAUUUGACUCUGUGUGAGGUUUUGGUCAAAAUAAUACCUGCUGUGCAGAAGAUUUAGGCAGGUAUGAAAAAGCUAAAUUGCUGUAUAGUAAUACUGUAUCCCCUUGUUGUUUUUAACAAAAUUGCAUAAUAAAAUGGUACCAAACUGAAAGAAACACAAAA